AUGACAUUGCCGCCGUGGGCAGCCCUGCUCCAAGCAUGGACCGUCUACCGCUACCUCCACGGUCAUUGCCGCGUUCCGACCAGCUACGUGGUCCCGGCCUCCGAGCUGUGGCCGGCGCCGCUGCAUGGCAUGGCGCUUGGCAAGUUCACGGCUGCCGCCCGCACGAAUGCGACCAUGUACGCACCGGACCGCUUUGCGCAGCUCGAUGCGAUUGGCUACGAAUGGUCGCCGCCGCCCCGGUGCGUGCACCGCAGCAUCGUCUGCGUCAACGGCGCACGCUACGUCCGCCGCGUCCCGCUGUCCGCGCUCGUCCACGCCCUCGUCGCCUUCCGCCAUCGCCACGGGCAUCUCAACGUGCCCGACGCCUUUGUCGUACCGGAGAGCGAUGCUGCGUGGCCUGAAGAAGCCUCGAACGUGCUUCUCUCGCGCGCUCCUCAGACGCUCCGCGCUCACUUUUACGAGCUCUCGGACGCAGACGUCGCGACGGUGCACAACCUUUCGCUCUGCACGGAGCUGCCGCAUUGGGACGACACCAAGCAGCUCCUCGCGCUCUACGUCAAGAUCACAAACCAACGCGCCGUGCCCAUCGAGUUUGUCGUGCCAGCGGCAGCGCCAUGGCCGCCUCGUUUCCAUCACGUUGCACUUGGCGAGGUCGCUUGGUACCUUGGUCGCAAGCGACUCGUGCUGCCACGUGGCAUGCUGCCGGAGCUCGACGCGCUCGGCGUCAUCUUCCACACGCCUGCGACGUGGGCAGGCGUCGUGUGUGGUCUCCGCCUGUAUGUUGCCAAAUUCGGAUCCACCGACGUGCCCAGCGACUUUGUCGUGCCCGGUGACUGGGAUCUACCGUGGCGGGGGCUGCGCUUCGGACGCUACAUGUCCGAGCUCCGAACGGCCAUGGCGCAGCUACUGGUGCCAAGGGCAACGUUCGUCGCACUCGACGAGCUGCUCGAGCUGCCGCCCGAAGUCACACCGGCGCUGUUGCGCUACGAGCCUCGACCGCUGUCGCUGUCGGGAAAGCGCCGGCAGUUGGAUCACCGAGGCAUCGACGACGAGAAGGUCGACGCGCUCAUUUUGUACCGCCGCCUCUUUGGGAACCUCGCGAUCCCGCGGGACUUUGUCGUCGAGUUCUUUGACGAUCGGUGGCCCGCUCCCUUGGGCGGGUGGUUGCUUGGGAU